AUGAACCAGACUGGUUGGGUAAAGGAUCGUCUUCUUAACCAGGGGGCCAACCACUUUGUUAUUUUCUCAUCACUUGGUCAUGUACUUGAGAGUAGUGGUGACUUUCAGGACGAAGAGAAUCAGAAAUUAGCGUUUACAAUAAUGCAGCAAUCUUCGCAGGUCCUGAAAUCAGGAGAAUCGCUUAGGCGUAUUACCAUGACGUUUGACGACGUAGUUUACAUCGCCACAACUAUUACCGGUCAGGGAGAAAACCUUGGGGUAUUCGUUAAGAGACCAGCAGCAGAUGUGUUGAUAUCGAAUUAA